UUUUGCUAGGCAUCGGGAAACGUCCGGGCGAGCCCCGCUUCGUCUCCCACGCGAAACAAGCAUUUUAGAGGGCAGCCUGUCUAUCAUGUAAGAAGUGGGGAGAGGGCAGCUGCACGGAAAGUCCUACAUGCAAUAAGUGAUGGAUGGGACCUUGUGGAUUGGAGCAGAUUGAUGAUAGUGCGCGGGGUACGUCUUUGGCGUUGUCGAGGUCUCGUCGCUCGCAACGCUCUUGUUUGUUAUCGCUGCGCCAAUGAAUUCACGAUGAUUGGGGAUGAGCGCCGCAUUGUUGGUUCCACACAUGGCCAGGUAACGGUCGGGCCCACCGUGAUCAGCAAUCUAUCAAUGCAGGCGCGCCGACUUUUCCUGCAGGCCAACUGCGAGUCGCCAUCGUACAUUGGCGGCGUCAUCGCUGGCGGCCACCUACGGCGACGACCACCAUCGACUUGUCCCAACAUGAACCUACUACUCUCCCACUGGACGAGACGUCCGAGGGAACAGCCUGCGAAGGACGUGCGGCAAGGAAGGCGCAAAUGCGACGGUGGCCCCGAAGCGAGCAUUUCCUCCUCCACAUUUGAUAGGGCAAUAAAAAGGACUGUCAGCAAUCGACGAGGAGAGAACGAAUGAAGUCCUCGAAUAGCGAAACGCAGUUCGUCCCACCAGGCAGGAGGCGACGUGGGAAGCAUAGGAUUCCUGAAAUCUAAAUCUGGAGCCCGCGUUCCACAGCCCUGAACAGGAUCAGCUGAGUUUAUGCCCCCCCGCCGUCCGUCCGUUGCGCGAAAUCGCCAAAAUCAUCCAUCACCACGCGCGAUUGCGGGCCCGGUGAUCGCCUCUUGGCCUCAUCCUGUCCCACUCCGUCUUA